GCCGGUAGGGCCGCGGGCGCGCAGCCCCGAGCUCCGCGUUCCUGUCCCCGCAGCGCGGCCGCUGAUAGGCGCUGCCGGCCGGGCCGCUCAGCGCCUGCGCGGGAGGAGGAGGCGGCGGUGGCGGUGGUGGUAGCGGCGGCGCCGGGCGGUGAAGUUGGUGAAAGCGCCGGUGUAAAAUGCAUAAACUUAAAUCAUCUCAGAAGGACAAGGUCCGCCAGUUUAUGGCUUUUACCCAGGCUGGGGAAAGGACUGCUAUAUACUGCUUGAUGCAGAAUGAAUGGAAGCUAGAAGUGGCAACUGACAACUAUUUCCAGAAUCCAGACUUGUACUACAAAGAAUCCAUGAAGAAUUCGGUAGACAGGAAGAAAUUAGAACAACUCUAUAAUCGAUACAAAGACCCACAAGAUGAAAAUAAAAUUGGCAUUGAUGGAAUACAACAGUUCUGUGAUGAUUUAAGCCUGGACCCUGCCAGUAUCAGUGUUCUGGUUGUAGCGUGGAAAUUCAGAGCGGCUACUCAGUGUGAAUUCAGUAAAAAGGAAUUCGUAGAUGGCAUGACAGAGCUGGGGUGUGACUCCACAGAAAAACUAAAAGCUCUAUUGCCACGACUGGAACAAGAACUGAAGGAUCCAACAAAGUUUAAAGAUUUUUAUCAGUUUACUUUUAACUUUGCAAAAAAUCCUGGACAGAAAGGUCUAGAUCUUGAAAUGGCAAUUGCGUACUGGAAUUUAGUCUUGUCAGGAAGGUUUAAAUUUCUAGAUCUUUGGAAUAAAUUCUUGUUGGAACAUCAUAAAAGAUCAAUUCCAAAAGAUACUUGGAAUCUUCUGUUAGACUUCGGAAAUAUGAUUGCAGAUGAUAUGUCCAACUAUGAUGAAGAAGGAGCAUGGCCUGUUCUUAUAGAUGAUUUUGUGGAAUAUGCACGACCGGUAGUCACAGGAGGAAAGCGUAAAACUUCCUAACCCCAGACUCAUCAACGUGGACUAAAUGUGCAGUCUGAACUGCAUUAGAUAAUGAAGAUUUGUUGACUGACAGCUGUGCACAUUGUUGCUGGUUUCAGUGGUCAUGGGGAGAUUCCAGAGACAAAACAGAUACUCUUCCUUUCUGCCUAAUGAAAAUGAUGGUUGAGAGUUGUGGACACUUCAUGAACAAGCUCAGAAGAUGGUCCAGGCUGAUUGCAGGCUAUUGGCUUCAAUUAUUGUACUGGUUGUAUCAUAUAGGAUGUAGAUUUUGCAUGAUUUUAUACUUUGGAGAAGUUUAACUAGAGGCCAUUUUAUUAUUGAAGUUUUGACAGCACAGCAUGCCAUUGAGUUCAUGAUCCAAAGUGAACACCAGCAGUCAAAUAAAUAAAACUGUAUUAUAUUGUACUUAUAUUAAAGGCAGUAUUUGUGGUAUAUAAAUUAAAUCCCUAAAUAAAACUUACGCACUAUAUUGUGUUUUUAUAACAGUCAGCUCUGUGGAUCUGUCCUAAUACAGAACUGUAAAAUCAUGUUGUUCUUUAAAUAUGUCGCCGGAUUUUUACAUUUAUAUUUGUAAGCCUUAGAUACAAAGACUGACCACGUUCAGCCUUUUGUCUUCCACUGAGGCUGACUUCCUCAUCGCUGCCUUCUUGAAGUGCUCGCACGUGCAUUGCUGAGAAAGAGCUGUUUCUCUGUCCUGUGUUGUGACUCCAGCUUUUUAUUAACCAUUUUGAAGUUAACUUGGUGCAGUCAAAGAUGCUUUUACAAUUCAUGUUUGAUGUCAUUAUUCAACUAGUCUUCAAUUAUGUGUUUUUUAAUUUUAAAUAAUGGAUUGGUAGAAUAUAAGUCUUACUUGUGGCCUGGAACAUAUAAUCUAUUCUAGCAAGAAUUCAACAACUUGUGAGUGCAGUUCCUGACACGUCUUCUAGAAAGUAAGCAUGAAUAAGCCCAGAGACUUCACUGGUUGGCUUCUACUUUGGAAACAGAAGUAAGAAAAUUUCACGUUAAUGAUGGUAGCCUCAGGAUAUUUUGUCUAUUCAGUAAUGUUUAUGUGAGGGGGAAAAAAAUACAGGAUCAUUGAUCUCAAGGCUAGUUGAAUUGGAUCUGUUUUUACCAAAUCUAAAUGUAUUUUUCUCCCCUCUCAGUAGUUAUAAAGUGCAUAAAUGUCAAGCUCCUUCUUCCCAGUGUCUUCCAAUGCUUAAGCACGAGACCUUUUUACCAGCAAUUAUUGGACAUGUUUUCACGCAGGGUUCUUCAGAACGCUAACUCAUCAAAAAGAGGUGGUCGUAGCUUCUGUAAAAGUUUGUUAAAGCAAAGCAUCACUAAAGAGUAUCUACAGGUAUGAUUAAUAUGUGUGCUGUAAGCAGAGCUGCACGGAUAUAAGAAUUUGCGAAGAUUGUGCAUUAAGUUAUAUGGCGUAUCUGUUUGGUUCACAUCAGGUAACUUCAGCACUGCAUGAUGCCAAUUUUAUUCCAUAAUUGUGAGGAUAUAAAAACUUGUAAAGCUUAUAGUCUUCUUUAAAAAAACAACCCUCUAAGUACUAGUUUUGCGUAAGUAGUCGGCUUCCGUGCAUGGCAUUGAAGCCUACAAGAACAGAUGUACAUGCUGCAUACAGAGAGUUUACCUUCAUUCUUCUACUUGAGAAAACUAAAGUUGUGCGUGAUCUUUAAAAAGCAGGGCUAAAAGACUAACCAGAUUUUCUACCCAUAGGAAGACAGUGGGCAAGUCGCAAAUGCCCAACUUGGUAUUUAUUAUUUGUCUUCCUAGCCAAAGCGGUGUUUUUAAAUGUUGGCUCUUGCAUGACAGCCACUAGAUGUCAGUGUCUCAGUCUUCAGGUGCUUAUCUGUGUCAUGUGGGAAAUUGGCCCGUAAUGUUAACACGCACUCUUACUUUCUGACUAUAUCUUCUUAGAAGGGGAUUUGUGUACAUAAUUCCAGUGUUCUGUGGAACUCAACAGAGAUUUAAAAACAGUGUGAUGCUCUUUGUAAUGCGUUUGAUUUUUCUACCUGGCCUACUCAACACUAGUAAUUUGUCUGUCUGUCCUGUAGGCUUUGGAGAAUAAAUGUUCCAUCCGAUGGCA